AUGCCUCAGGGAACAUUUUCAAACAAAGUCCAGACUGCCUGGGACCGUGUAACUCGUCGUCGAGAACGUCGGCAACCUGAACAACUCGUCGAAGUAGAAGCAGUUCCAGGUCGACCUCAGGGCCGAGCCAGCCGCCUUACUCGUGCUGGGUCCCUUCCGAACCUCUUGGACCACGCCAGUUUCAACGAACGCCCCGAGUGGCUUCCGGAUGACAGGCAGCACCCUGUAGAUAACAACUUCUCUACCAAUUCAUCUUCUUUGGGUUCCCUCUCUGUCCGUACCGCAUUCAGAGAUGAAGUUGGUCAAGACCCGACCCAUAGGGAGAAAUUGAACGUUCCAGUUGUUGCUGUUGCUACUUGUUACACUGGAUCUUCCUCUGAUGAAGAUACCCCUGACCCGGUUUGGAAGCUUCCUGGUCGUGAUUCCUUUCCCGAUCGUCAAGGCCAAGGCCAAAAGCUGAGACUUGGACUAUUCCAGAGUCCUCGACAGAUGUAUCGAGUCAAAGCCAGCGGAAGAGUCUUCAUGAUACCCAUUGAUGGGUUCCUGCUGCAUUCAAACAUUCCUCAAGUCCACGGCGAUGUGUUUUCUCUUCUCCUUGACAUCUGCGUAUCUCCCAGCGGCUUUGUCGGUCACGAACGUGGCCUCAGCCUCCCGAUCUUGCUUGCCGCUCUUUCGUAUGCUUUCGAUCAGGGCAUUACCUACGAAAUCCAAAAGUUAAAGGACACCAUCAACCGAUACAUCGCCUUGCGAAUGUUUUACCACAAUCCCCAUACCAAUCACUCUCUUGGUCUGGGUUACUUCGAGUACCGCUCUGAAGAGAUCUACCGGUCAUGGAUAUCACUAUCCCAAGAUGAACGGCUCCAAAGCUCUCUCAGUCUCCAUGACUUGGUAAAGCUCUACGUUUACAUGGUUCCGUAUAAGUGGUGGGCACAGCUUGUUGACGAGUUUAACUGGGAUUUCAUGGACAACAUCCAGCUCGCCCAUGACAGAAUUCCGGGCAGUCCCAAAAACAGUUUUGCAGAAGUAUUCAAUGGUUUCUUCCAUCGAACUCGUCUGGGCCUCCAUCCUUGGAUGGAGGACACCGCAAGGUCACAUGCUUCUGAAGAUGCCGCAGAAGAGCGAACUACUCGCCCUGAGCAGCUCCGUCUAAACACUCCUGUCCUACAUCCUCCCGUCCCUAUGUCAGAUUCGUCUGACAGCCCUGAGCGUGUUUUUCGUCACAUUCGUAGGGAAACGGCUGUUUUUCCUCAGGCUGGUUCACCGACCGACUUCGUAGAGCGGUCGGUUUAA